CAUCAGUAAUUACAUAUGUCAUUAGAAAAAUUGGUGCCUGACUGUGAGAUUCGAACAGCAUUGCAUCGCUUGACACAAAUGCACCAGUCGUCGUCUUAGCCUUUGGGCCACUACGACUUCAAAUCUUGAUUUUAGAAUACACUGAAAGUAUCCCUAAUUUAUGUAUCUCAAGUAUAUAAAAAAUGUUAAAUAAAACUAUACAAAAAUAUAACUAAAUAAAAAAAUAAAGCUAAAAUAGCUAAUAAAUAAAUUUAAUCUACAGUUAUACUCACACAGUAUUGAAAAUGAAUGUGAACUUUAAAAUCAGCUGAACUUACAACACUACAACACUAUUGUGAGCCAUUGGGCAUCAAGGCUCAAUAGCCUAGCUUGUACAAUAUGUCCAACAUUACAUUGCCAGUAAACCCAAAACAAACCAGCAACACAUAAAGAUUAUAAUCAUAUAAGCUUUAGACAGGAGCUUUGGAAAACUAGGGGAGGAGGGGAGUUUUGGAAAGAUUUGAUAAUUAAAUACUAAUCCGUUCCUUAGCAGUAGACAACAGCUUGGCUCUGCCCCUGUUCUGGUUAACGUUCACGAGCAGCAGUAACCACUCACCAUCACCAUAUGCCUAUCUCACAAGAAAAUAACAAAGAAAGUAUUGAGGUCACCAAGUACAAAAGUGGUUGAACCUGUUAAAAAUUGAUCAAAAAAUGAUUGACGUACCAUAUUUAAUAGAGAUCUUUGCUAACGCACUCAGCACCAUGACUAUACUGUCGUCUUUAUUUCUCAAAGUACCGCAGAUUAUGUCCAUACGUGAGAAAAGAUCUGCCGAGGGAAUAUAUAUUCAGGCCAUGCUUAUGGAGAUUAUUGGCUUUACCAUAAUGUCUCUCUACAAUUAUACAAACAAGUAUAACAUCAUGACCUAUAUGGAGUACCCUAUCAUACUUUUCCAAGUCUACGUAAUGUUCUACUUUGUUCUCAAAUAUAAGAACAUGCUGAAUCUUCCAAUUAUUCCCGUAAUGGUCGCUUCAUACUUUGCUUCUGUGUUCGGUUUCGUCAUGGAUCUAUUGCCGAAACAAGUUCUCUCCUAUUUGGUGCCGUUUUGCACGCCACUGAGCGGAUUCGCUAAAGUGACCUAUAUAUAUGGUAUCAUUAAAUCCGGGAACGCGGACGCUGUUUCGCUCACAACGUGGAUCAUUUCCGUGCUGACCAAUUUGGCUCGCGUCUUCACCGUUUACGUGGACUCUGGAGACGGCAAGCUGCUGGCCAAUUUCAUCAUAUCGACCCUGCUCAGUUCUGGUGUUUUCUUCACCGCCUUGCACUACCAGCAGCAGACGGCAUGCUGCCCGAUCCAUCGCCCGCAGAAGAACCGCAAUCGACCUUUCCACCAAGAAUACCGUCCCCGACACGUUCACCAAGACUAAAAGUAUGUUCAGUUACCAACAAGACUUCAUAUAGAAAACUUUUAUUUUUGCAUUUCCAUUCGUUAUACCAUUUAUUUAUGUGUGAACCGCAUUUUUAUUCUAGCUACAAUCCUUAUUGGCGGUUCUUUUACGUAAUUUAUUCUUAAUUUUAAAGGGCCCCUGUUAUCAAAUAGUUGGGGUCGGCACAAUGACGCCCGUGAAUGUACAACAACAUUUCACAAUUGUAUUUUUAGGUGCGAAGCCAUAAUAGUGGCAGUCGUCCCCGAUCUCCUCUGGGAAUGUUUCAUUUUACACUAUGCCAUACGAGGCUUAUUAUUAUAGGGUAAACCGUUGCGUUGGGUCUUCGUAGGAUCCGCCAUUGAUCGAAUAUAAAGACACGUAACCAGUAUUAUCGAUUAUUAUAAUUGUCGUGAUUAGUGAGAAUUGAAUAUUUAAUGUUAUCUUACGAAUCUGAAAGAAUCUUAUCACGAUCUAGUCACUGAAAAAAGUAUUGAAUGAUUUAUUGUGUGGCAAUGAAAUUUUUUAUGGUUAGCUUAGCUUUUGACUAAAUUUUUAAUAUAUGACAACACUCAUAAACAAGGAAUCUCUUGAUAUACAUAGCUGCUCUGUGUUUUGUCAUUAGGCUAAUGAUUAAUUACAAUAAGAAACUUAAAGACAACGGUUUGACGCACUACAUCGUAGCGGAGGUUGAUAAAUAUANAUA